AUGGAUUCCCAGAAUCGAGCGCUUGUCUACUGUCAUUCGUGUGAGGAGGAGUGGUUCCGAGAUGAACAUGGCUUGACGUGCCCGCAUUGUCAUUCCGAGUUCACAGAGAUUAUUGAAGCUAAUCAUGAUCCGCGAAUCGAUCAAUCCAUACCUACCUUAGGUGAUCUACCUCAACCCUCACAGCGCCACCCACUCUACGAUCAUGAUCCCUGGGCAGCACCCGAUCCCGAUGAAGAUGAUAUUGAGAACUUGCAGUUCCGACCAACGCCUAACGGGUUCACAGUAACAGGGACGAUACAUAGGUCCUUAUCACCGACCGGGGAAGCACGAGACGACCAUGGCCAACCACGACCGGCACUGCACGACCUAUUGAACAACUUCACGUCAAUGAUGGCUGGUAUCGCAGGUCCACAACCAGGAGAGGAGACACGAAGCCCCGGUUCUAACAGCAGAAGCGGACCCGGACAACGGACCCCAACUCCAGACCCGCGAAGCCCAACUUCAGACGAGCGAAAUCCGCUUGAGAACAUGAAUGUUCGAGGAGGGCAGGUAGAGGUCAGGUCAGGGCCAGGUCAGGGGUCAAGGUUUACAUUCACCUCGUCAACCCAACUGUUCCCUCGGGAUGGAAAUGGGUCGCCUCCGGGUAGUCCGCCCGUGGAUACCAUCCAGAAUAUCCUGAACGACAUGCUUUUCGGCGCCCAAGGCCGCGCCUGGGGUCCUCCGAACCAGGCCCACCCUCCCUCCGGAUCCCGCGGCCCCCCUCCCCCACCCUUCCCUCUCGCUACCCUCCUCCAAACUAUGCUCGGCGUCCCCCCCGGCGGCGUCCAAGGCGACGGCGUCUACACCCAAGAAGCCUUUGACCGCAUCAUCUCCCAACUCAUGGAGCAAAACGCCACCGGCUCCGCCCCCGGCCCCGCCUCCGCGGAAGCCAUCGCCGCCAUCCCGCGCGUCAAAAUCGACAAAUCCAUGCUCGGCGACAGCGGCAAGGCCGAGUGCAGCAUCUGCAUGGACGAGGUGAUUUUGGACCAGGAGGUGGCGAAGUUGCCGUGCACCCAUUGGUUCCAUAUCCCCUGCAUCGAGGCCUGGCUGGGAGAGCACGAUACCUGCCCGCACUGCAGACAAGGCAUCGCCAGUGACUCCGAGCCAAAAAACAGCGCCGAUGCAUCGUUGCCACGUCGAUCUGCUUCCGCGACCGCGGUGCCUGCCGGUCCUUCGAGCUCGGUGAGAGGGGGCCGGCCGUCGGAUUCGACUAUGCCGCAGAUGUCCGGACUCCCCGGAGGUUUUCAGUUCCCACCGCCCGAUCCGCGGUAUUAUUCCCAGCCGGCGACGCCGUCGCGGUCGUCAGGGGGCCGGAGGCUGAGUUCAAGCCGGCGAGGCUCGGGGGGUUCGUCGCAGCAUGGGGAGGGGCCACAGAGCAUUGUGGACAGAGUACGGAAUUAUUUCAGGGGUCCGAGGGAAGGGAGUCAGGGGGAAUAG